UCUGGUGGGCUUAGGGGACAGAGCCACAGGGGUUUGAUGGUCCAUGCCUGACCCUUCUGUUUUGCUAUAUAAGAACCCCUCUUUCCCUCAAUCUCUCUUCAAAACAAAAAACAAAUCAAAUCUCCCAUUUACAAACUCAGCCAAGCAGCAGCAGCAGCUCAAACCUAGUAGAAUUUACAAUACAAACAAAGAAUUAAAAUGAAGAUGAUGAUGUCAAGUAGUGGAAGCUCCAAGAGAAGGAUUUCAUCUCCAAGUAGAGGAUUUGGAGGAGUUCUUAGAGAGCAAAGGGCUAAGCUUUACAUCAUUAGAAGAUGUGUUGUUAUGCUUCUUUGUUGGCAUGAUUAGAAGAUUAUACACAUCAUCUCUCUCACCAAAAACAGGACCAAUUAGGGCUUUUUUUCUUUUUCCAGAUUAUUAUUUUUUAUUUAAUUUUGUGGAGUGUAAAUAGAGAGUAGCUAGGAAGAGGAAGAUAUGGAAGAGAGUUUUUUUUUUUUUUUUUGGGGGAAAGAUUUUUGGUAGAUUUGGCCUUGUUUUGGGUCACAAGAUGUGUAAAUUAAAGUUGGGGAAAAGAAAAUCUUGAUUAUCAACUUUGGAUCCACUUUUUGAUUUCA